UCUCUCACUCGUCCUCUCUCCCUCAUCCUCUCUCCCUCCCUGUGUUUGGCGAGCUGGUGAGAGCACAAACCUUUCUGCAAAACAGGUCGCCUACAGGAGACAAGCAUAUCAUAAUUUUGAGGGAACCCGGAGAGCUUUCUUCUCUCCCAAACCCGCCAAUUCACCCACGAACUCCUGUAAUGUCGUGGAUCGAAGAUAAAUAACCGACAGCUUGUUCUCUCUCUGUUGUAGUGUUGAGCGACACGAGCUACCCCGACACACGCAUACACACACAGCUCGGGCGUUCCCGCGACUCCUCUGCGGCCAACGGAAGGGUGUCAGGAGAGAGGAGAGGGAGAACGGAGGAGGCGAAGGGGAGAGAGGAGGGGAGGAAACCCGACUGUUUUGAAGCUAUACGCCAGUAAACAUAGACUAUAAGCAUACACAGUGAACGAAGAGGAAACCGUCGCAGUGCUAUUUUAUUUCAGUGUGGAUGAAACUAGGAUGAGAGAGACGCCAAAGGAGAGAGACGCCAUCGGUGACAAGUUAAAGGACUCCGCUAUUGGGAUGGCUGAGGUUUCGCAGCAGGAGAGAAUUCAGGCCAUCGCUGAGAAGAGGAAGAGGCAGACAGAGAUCGAGAAUAAGAGGAGACAGCUGGAAGAUGACAGAAGACAGCUUCAACACCUAAAGUCGAAGGCUCUGAGAGAGCGCUGGUUGUUGGAUGGGGCUCCAGAGGAAGAUGAGACUCAGAGACGUAUUCAGGAGGACGAAGAGAGGACUAAGGCACUAGAGAAGAGCAUCCUCUGCCUGGAGCAGGAGAUAGAGGAGCUGGAGAAUCCGGUCGUGACCAAAGAGAACAGAGGAGCUGUAAAUGGAGUAUCACAGAACCAGAGUCCUAGAAGAGAACUAACAGGAGUAGAAGCCAAGCUGUUGGGUCCCAGUCCAGACCAGGCCAGCGCUGAGAACCCUGUUACCCUGGUCUUCAUGGGCUAUACAGCUCUGGAGGGUGAGACAGCAGGGGAGGUGGGGGAGGCAGGGGGGACAGAGGGUGGAGACGGCUCAGUCAAGGCGGAGUUUGUGAUGCUACCAGACGGGGAGGUGAAGGGGGUAAGAGAGGGGGAGACAGAGACCCAGGCAGCAGCCAAUGGGAGUACAGGUGAGAAGGGGGAGGCAGGGGGGGGAAAUGGGGGAGGAGGGGAGGAGGGGGAGAAGGAGAAGAAACAGAGUUGCAAGUGUUGCACAGUCAUGUGAGUGUUUGUGUGUGUGUGUGUGUUUGUGUGUGUGUGUGUGUGUGUGUGUGUGUGUGUGUGUGUGUGUGUGUGUGUGUGUGUGUGUGUGUGUGUGAGAGAGAGUUUGUGUGUGUGUGUGUGUGUGUGUGAGUGUGUCAGAGGAAGAGAGACUUGAGUGCGUACGUGUGUAUGCGUGUCUGAUCACACACUUAUCAGGACUACAAAACCAAACAGUCCGACUCCUCCUGCCAAGCAGCAAAAACUACAGCCAACACCAACCAUAUACAGCCAACAGACACUGGAGAAUCAGUACUACUUUGUAUUACUGUAGUAGUACAACAACAACCUACAGCCAGGACAAUAUACAAUAGACUAUGUACUACUCUAGUACUACAAUAACAAUCUACUGCCAGGACAAUACACACUAGACUAUGUACUACUCUAGUACUACAAUAACAAUCUACAGCCAGGAAAAUAUACACUAGACUAUGUACUACUCUAGUACUACAAUAACAACCUACAGCCAGGACAAUAUACACUAGACUAUGUACUACUCUAGUACUACAAUAACAACCUACAGCCAGGACAAUAUACACUAGACUAUGUACUACUCUAGUACUACAAUAACAACCUACAGCCAGGACAAUAUACACUAGACUAUGUACUACUCUAGUACUACAAUAACAACCUACAGCCAGGACAAUAUACACUAGACUAUGUACUACUCUAGUACUACAAUAACAACCUACAGCCAGGACAAUAUACACUAGACUAUGUACUACUCUAGUACUACAAUAUCAACCCACAGCCAGGACCAUAUACACAAGACUAUGUACUACUCUAGUACUACAAUAACAAUCUACAGCCAGGACAAUAUACACUAGACUAUGUACUACUCUAGUACUACAAUAACAACCUACAGCCAGGACAAUAUACACUAGACUAUGUACUACUCUAGUACUACAAUAACAACGGGGAAAUCUGAAAUGGAACCCUAUUCCCUAUGGUACUUUGGGCCAAAACACUCCCACAGUGCACUAGUAUAGGAAAAGGGCUGCUGUUUCAGAUACAGCUAGUACCUCCAGACUGAUCAAACAAAACCUCCCUCACUGUGUACUGCUGUCGUACUACUCUUUACUACGAUGUAUUUCUUCUGAUAUGGAUCAUUAUUUUAUUGUGAAUGCUAUUUUUAUAUUUUUCUGUCUUGACAUUUAUAGUGUAUUCUGUGUGUACUUCUGUAUGCUAUUCUAUUAAUAUUCUCUUUAUUAUUGAACUGGAUGUGCCGUCACGUUAUUGUUGAAAAGAAAAUGUAGCAGGUCUUUGUAUUGUAAUGUGUCUGCUAUCGGAGCCAUCUGGAAAAUGUCUACCAUUGUUUUUUUUAGUCCAGAAUAUGAAGAAGACAUACAUUUUGUAUAUUUCCCUGUGUAUCGAGUAUUUAUGAGUCAGUUUCAUAUUAUAUUGUCUCUGUAAUAUAGUUUCACAGUGUGAACAGUAAUCAAAUAUGUUGAUAUCAAGUUUUAUACAAUGUAUUCAUUGGUUUGGUUUCUGCCAAAUCAUAGCCAGCCACACUCCGCAUGCAAGCUUGUACCAUCAUCACAAAUCAAUAGGAACACCAAUUCAAUCCAUCAGCCACACCAUGUCGUCUGGUACAUCUCAGAUAACAUUAUUAUCUCUGUUUUAAACUGUCCAUCCCAUGUCGUCAUCUAUAUCUCUUCAUCUCAAGUCAUUUAUACUCUACUUACAUCUAGUAAUCUAUUGAUCUCUAUUCAUCUCUACUAAUCUCCUCAUUAGACUCACUAUGACACUGUGCAACUCAUAAACACAUUUCACUAUUUUAUUUUUUAUAAAUGUAAAGGAUGGCUGAUUCACUGUUUGAGUCAAGCCCGGUGAUUGUUUUAAUGCUGAUGCUUGUGAAUUUUGUUUAGUCAGUGAUGUUGAAUCUUCUGAUGUAGCAUUAACUCUAACUCUGAUUAGUGUUGUUAUUGAUCGUAAUACUCCUCAUCAGGUCUGAUCAGUAUCAUUGACAACUAUAUCCAUCAUCACGGCAAAUUGCUUAACAUGAAUGUAAUAAUGGGUUCUAUUGGGAUCGAACGGAAGGUGAAACCUGUCGUCAGCAGAAUAAACCUUCCAUUCCCAGAGA